AUGAGCCAUUUAUUAAAAGACAUUAGCUACGGUCCUCUUUGCCUGGUCGGUGGAGGUCUUGCUCUCUUGAGUUAUUUUGCUAUUGAAGAAUUUCUCAUCACCAAAUAUAAUCGAGUUGAAUUAUAUAAGGCUCUUCAAAAUUUGAAUGAUUCAAAUCCCGAGACUAGAGAACAAGGUAUUCUCUUUAUUUUCGAUUAUAUACAUAACAAGGAACAAGUAGAGAAAAAAGACCCAGCAGAAGAAAAGAAAGAUAUUCUUUACGAGCAUAAUACUCUUAGAAAGUGUUUAAAGUUACUAACAACCUACUUUGAUACCAACACGGACAAGACUAAUCAAUGUGCUUUGAUUAUCAUUCGUGAAUUAAUUUGUGGUCCUGCCUCAAUUGAAAGAAGACGUCAUUUCAACAUGUCUCUCAAAGGCUUACCAACACUCUUUCAAUGUUGUUUGUCCGAUAAUGAAAAAGUUGUUUUACCUGCAUUACGUGCUUUAAAGUCAGGUACAACCUUUGAAGUAUUUAAGAAGGAAUUAGAGGAUGAUGUACCAAGAGGUUCUGAAGGAGGUGCUAUUUUAUUAAAAUCUAUUGAAUCUGAGGAUUUAUUUAGAUUGGCAUCCAUGCUAAAUGGUCAAGAAAAUACUGAAAUUUUGAGAGGUGUUACAAGCAUUUUAUCACACAUUUCUCAUUCACAAGAUGGUGCAAUGGUUUUGGCUGAACAAGAUAGUGUUGUUUCUUCUCUAUUGCCUUUAUUAACUUCUCAUGUUGAUAAUAUUAGCAAGAAUGCAGUGAUUACUCUUGCUAAUAUUGCCAAAGUUAAUUUUGAACAACAUGAAGAUUGUUUAGUUACUGGUUUGAGGUCCAUUCUCAAAACUUUGAAUAAUCAAACAAAAUUACCACAAAAGAUUGCAGUCUUGGAAUACAUGUCCGCACUUGCUCAACAUUUUGCAACUAAACAAAUGGCAAUGAGAGAUAAUAUUGCAAGUCAAUUAUUAGAAUUGAAAGAACAAUGUGAAUAUUUGUUCAGAUUGGCAGAGGCAGAGAAUGCUCAAAUUAGAGAUCCAGCAAGAGUAUUCACUCAAUUAUUCACUCAACCAAGCUAUACAUCUCAAGCUGAUACAUUCUCUCUCUUGGAAACUGCUGUGAAACAACGAAUCAAGAUGGAACAAGAAGAAAAAGUUAAAAAGAUGAUUCAAAGUAUGCGUCAAAUGGGUAUUGACAUACCUCCACACAUUUUGAGUACCAUGUCACCAAAUGACAUUCAACAAUUGUACUUCCAAAUGAUGCAACAAUAUGGAAUGAUGUAA